AUGAUAACCAACAAGAAACGCACCGCCGAAGGCGGAAGUGGCGCGCCCGUGCUGAAACGCCGCAAGGCCUCAACCAUGUCGAUGAGCUCGACGCCCGCAUCGGCACAUCCGUUGCGACAGACUUCCUUCGCGCCUGAUGAUGCGGCCACUCCUCUCGGCGCUCGAUCUCCCUCAUUUGACAUUGACAACAUAAGCCUGGUCAGCGGCAGCCAGGUCAGCGCGGCCGUGCCAGGCAAGAAGAAACGGGGGCGGAAAUCCAAGGCCGAGAAAGCGCGGGAGCAGACGCCUUCGGUGGUUAGCGGACGCGCCCCGACAGCCGCCAGUAGCUUUAGUGACGCCGGCGGCGCCCGGGUCGCGAAGAGCACGGCCGGCGCUACCGGGUUGGGCGGUGCCGACGAGGCGGAGGGUGAGGAGGAUGGCCCUACCGAGGUCGCGGCAACGGCGGACGCCCGGACGCAGGAGCAGAAAGAGGAGGAGCACAGGAUAAGAGGGAUGCUCAUCAGCGCUUUUUCUGAACCCCAGUUUCAUCGCUACGAAAUGUGGCGCGCAGCAAACUUGAGUAAAGCAUCUGUCAGGAGGCUCGUCAACGCAACCAUCUCCCAGUCCGUCGCCGAGAACGUCGUCAUAGGCAUGCGCGCCAUAGCCAAGGUCUUCAUUGGGGACAUCAUCGAGGGCGCACGCCGCGUGCAAGGCGAGUGGAUCAAGAAGACGGGCGAGAAGCAGACAGACCUCCCGACGCCCCCGGUAUCUACUGGCGCGUCGCCUGAUGCAUCUGGCGGCGGGGGAGGGGACGCUCCGGCUGCUGGUAAUUUGGCUGUGGACAGCGAUCGGCGAGGCCCCUUGCGGCCAGAGCACCUACGUGAAGCCCUUCGACGGUACAAGAUGGGCCAGGAAGGCGGUGGCGUUGGCAUGCAAUGUCUGUGGCACCAGCAACAGCAGAACGGUGUGGAGAGGUUCCCUUCGCGGACAGGCGGGCGCAGGAUAUUCCGUUGA